AUGGCACGCAAGAGGAAGACAUUCCCACCUAGACCACGACCACCGCCACCACGAAACAACGACCUGGCGAGUAACAUUGGCGCAGUGUAUGCUCUUGUACUGCGAGGUGUUAGUACAUCAGGACAACAAUCAGAAAGUAAUGCAACUUUAGAACUUUUGAGUAAGUUGCAACAAGAGAAAGAAACAGAGGAACAAGAUAAUAAUGAGCAGGAUUCUGAUGAGCAGGUCGACUAUUACCAUAGUGGAUAUAACCCGUACAAUGUAGUUGAGACAGACUCGCUAUAUUCCAAGGAUCAAGAAUCAAGUGCGUACCCGGAGUAUAACCAAUAUCAAGGUGACGCUUCAACUCAGUUUGAGACUCAAGAAGUUGACAAAGAAGAUAUAAUGCGUGCUUCGACACAACUAACGAAUUCUAGUGGUAGCUAUCAGCAAGCUCACUCAUCUACGCAGCCACCAGCACCGACUUACCAGGAACAGACCGUGGAGGUUGAAAAGGAAACGAUACCAAAUUCUGAAAUAAUUGGAGCUUCACAACAGCUAGCUCCACCAGCAUCAAAACUGACGCUGCCGCAAGAUGACCUUGUUCAUGCACAUGUUAAAAAUAAUGAGUCCCUCACAUCCAAUAAACACCAAAAUGAAGAUGAAAAUGCACCGACUGCCCUUGCACUGAAUAUCAAAAGUGUAUUGGAAAACCUUUCAAAUCUUGGGGCUAUGCAAAAUGUUGGAGCUUUAAAGGCGGCAGAGGGGGAAGAAACCACUAUUGAGACAACAGGGAAUAAACCUAUUCAAGUCAGUGGUGAUGUCCUUAUAAACAAUUCGAACGACAAAGCACAACAGCAUUCAACUUGCAACGUGUUGGAGAACUCAAGCAUCAAAACAGCUGAAGGUGCGUCCCCCCUUUCUAUUGGUAAAUCAGAAAACGUGAUAUCUCAUCACUACACAAAUGGAUCAUCAUUUACUGAUCCAGAGAGAGAUCACGAUAAACCAGAGGAUCUUCCUCACGCUACUUCUUUUAACAAUGUAUCACAUAAGCCAGUGGAAAAGCCAUUACAUGAAAUACGCAAAGGAAAUGAAGUCAAUCAACUGGUUAUACGAACAAACGACGCAUUUAAUCAACAAGCAGAGAAUGCUUUUCAAGCCCCGUGGGAGAGAAUGCCUGCUUUACAUCAUGAAGAAAGAAUCAACUGGGUAGGAAACACUUCCAUAAAGUCAGACCUAAGCUUUCUCAAUAAACUCAAUGAGCAAGGUUUCGGGCAUGCAGAGUUGAAAAAAGAUGCACCCUCUAUAAACCUUCCAGUACCGGAAUUUUCAAAAUCUACAUAUUCAACGAGUCCCGUUGGUGAACCGAACCAGGCACACAGUUUCGAUUCUCAAUCGGAUGCGGCUUACAGUAGUAAGUCACAAGACUCACAUUCCAAUAAUACGAAACCAAGCAAGGACACGUUUCAAGAGUACCUGAGGUUUGGCCGUCACGACAUAUUUAAAGGGGAAAGCUGGGCAUCUCACAAGGACUCCGCUAGAACCUCACAUACCGAUUCAUAUUCUGCAAAAUGUACACUGGGGCCUCGUCUGUCGCCGAUGCUACUGCUGGAGCAUAGAGGAACCGAUUCACACAAGCCACGAACGUGGGUACGUGAAGGAUUUGAACCACCUACUAAAAAGCACAAGUUGAAUUCCGUAAAUCCCAAGUUUGAUUCAUAUAGGCCCAAGCACCCCGGUGAUCGGAGAAAUUUGGGAGGUUCCAACCACGGCUCACUGAAAUCCCCAUAUCAAAGGAGUGGGUUCAACAACUCAUCCAACAAAAAAAAUACUGCUAAUUUCAAGAUUUUUGGUAACCUCAAGUUCGAAACGAUUCCAUAUACAAGCGAAGAAGUGCAAGAAUUUCUAAACAUUAAUCCUUCACAUCCCAAUUUGAAGGUUGCCUAUUUUGUUCAAACAUCUCAAGAAUUAAUUCACAAAGCUCACGAAUCGUUAGUGGUUGACAAGUCCUUUCAAAGUGUGUUGAACUACUACAAGUUUAUUAGAGGUGCCAUUAAAUGUUUAUUGAUACUCGUUAAAAAAUACCCAAAGGACUUGACUCCGCACCAGUUGGCUUCACUAUACUACAAAAUUGCCAAGUUGUAUCUAACUGAGACGGAAAGCUUUGACUUGGCAGAGGCAUAUGCGUUGAAAACGCAGACUAUUAGUCGAGACCAUUCGAUUGUUGAGUUUGAAUUUUAUUGUGAUUUGUUAUUGAUUGAUAUUUAUGAAAAAAUUAACAUCUCAACGAUUGGAGCAUUUGCUUUAAGGAGAGAAGCUUAUUAUGAAGAAGCUGGCUAUCAUUUGCUCUCUAACUGCAUGAAAAUGGUAAGGAUAAAAUAUUUGAUGAUAUCAGAUGCGUCCUUUGCAUUGGUUAAUCUACAACGUUUGGUUAAUGACCCCAAAUUGGAUCCUACGGUCAAAAAGAUUGCCAUUGUUUAUUUGGCUGGGUUACAUAAUCAUCGAGGCAAUCCCGCCGCCGUGGCGGAUUUGCUACGAGGAUUUGAAGUAAAUAUAUCUCAGCCAUUUGCUGCAUAUAUUUUGAUGACUAGGUUAUUAGCCAGUGUCAGUUUGAAUAACGUUUCCGAAUCCAAACAUCUUUUGAAGGAGCUAAUGUCUCUUUCCAAUGAUGGUGAGAAAUCCCACUGGAAUCAAUGGCUGAUUAACGGUGACAUCAAAUUCCACAUAGGUGGUGAGUCAGGUCUUGAGUUGGAUUUUGUAAUCUCGUGGCUACCUGUUGUCGAUUUCAAAAUCAUGUUGUAUUUUUUGAGUGGAGUUGCAUAUUUGCAUUUAACUGGUGAUCGAUCCAAACUUUGUUUCGAGAAAGCAAUUGCAUUGAUUCAAAGUGCACAGGAUGAUUUAGAAAUGAAUCGCAAUUUAGCAAAACACUUGUCUGCCCAUGAGUCCAGACAACGUGAAUUGAAGUUGCGAUAUUAUCGGUAUUCGGUCCAGUAUUAUCGUCAAUGGCAACUUUUCCUCAAUGGUGAUUCCAAAAUUGUGUAUUUGAAUGAGUUUAUGAAUGCAAAUAAUAGGCUCUUUACAAGGGAGGAGUAUACAAUGUUUAAGCCAAUUUACACAUAUGUUCAUUACAUGUUUGCAUUGUAUUACCACAGUCGAGGUGAUUUGCAAGCGGCCAAGUUCUACUACCUAAAAGUGAGGAAUAUGACUGGUAUACUUUACGAUAAUGAUGCCUCCAUGUCAUUACAACAAAUGACCAAUGGUCUUGGUGGAGAUAGCAUUCGUCCACAGGGUAAAUUUAGUGAUUUAAAUGUUUACUCUACAUUCCAUUUGAUUAUUCUUUUGGAUUAUGAAGUCAAUGAAAUUAUGCUGAAGGAAGAAAAUGAUGAAUCAAAAUUAGCAGUGGAGAAGUUAACAGCUAUUGAAAACAACCUUUUGGAUGACUUUGCACAGGUUAAUAAACCCCCGAAAAAUGGCCCAUUCCAAUGUUGUUUUGUCAUCAAUAACAGGCUUUUGCAAAUGACGUUGGAAAUUGUUAUGCGAAUGGUUCACAAUCUUGAACCCGAUUUCAAUGUGAAAAAUGUCAUGCAAAUGUUGGGAGAAAUUGGUGACAGGACAACAUUUUAUUUCAUUUACUUUUUUUUAACUUAUGUCUUGGUUCUCAAUAUCUCAAGCACAAGUGAUAAAACUCGAUAUAUUAAGCGAUGUUUGCACAUGUUGCCCCAACCAAAGACGGAAGUGGUUGAAACACCAGUGGGUAAGGAACAAGUGUCAACAUCAGAGUCUGUGGAUUCAUGUCGUGUGUUUUUAUUGAGGAGUUUGAUGGAAGUGGAUGAAAGCAACGGGUUGCAUACUCAAGUGGAUUUGGAAAAAGGUCAAUUGGAGAGAUUAUGCAAAUUAGUGGCUCAUAGGUAUACUACAUUGGAGGAAAAUGUCACUUAUGAUCCAACUUUCAAAGUAUUGUCGCAAGUCAAGUCAGUAAAGAAUGAUGUGGAAAUAAAAGAUGUGUGA